UUAAAGGAACCAAGAAUAGGACAGUGAGUCAAACAUUGGUCUUUCUACACAUAAAAAAAAAAUAGCUAAAACCUUUUUUUUUUUUUUUUUACUCUUUUAGACGUUUCACUUUGGUAGGAACCGUGACAGCUUCUUCUUUGCCACCCAUCGUUUGCUAUUGCGUUCAUUUAGAAGUAUUUACAGGAAUCAUUGGCCGUAUCCACAAUUUUUCCGACAUUUUUGAAGACGCAUCUGAAAAUGCAAAAGAAUACCCUCAUCAAAUCAUCAGCGGUGAUUUGAAUACCAUGGCUCACUCCAUCGUACGUCUCUCACCAAAAUAUGCAACCGACAGAUACAGACUGUUAUCCUUGGGCGAUACCGAAAGUAACUGGUUCGAUAGACAUGUCAUGUCAGUCUAUCGUGAUCCUCAACAUGAAUAUAAUCUUCGUUUAGCUGGUGCUGGCUUCCCAUUCUGUAUGGCUCCCAUUCGUCUUGUUCGUUUCUUUUGGCGUCUUUUAGGGCCGUACAUAUUUCAAUUGUUUGGUGGUUUCGACCUGGAAACCUUAAAGAGAGCACGCAACCCUGGAUUUUAUGAUCCUUGGGACCCCGAUGAGGUCACUCUUCAUAAUCCUGAUUACUUUGGUUUAUUCAAAGCAAAAUUAGACUGGACAAUGGUCAGAUGUAUGGAUGUACGACAAAAAUGGAUAGGAAACAGAGACUAUAGCGCCAGCGAUCAUGCUUACCUUAUGCUGCAAAUCGUUCCUGAUUCUCAAGAAAAAAUUGAGGACAUACAGCAAGUUUGGAAAAGGAGACGGAUGCAAUGGCAACCGAACGCUUCUGCUCCUUAUUGGAGAACAACCAUCGGUUUCGCUGUACUUUUAUUAGUCAUUGCUGUUCUUUCUCAGCUUAUACUUCACGCCAGUUACUACUGGACCAUUUAAUUCACUGCUUAGCGUCUCUUUUGAGCUAUACAGCCCAGGUCAAAGCCUCAGGAAGAUACCAAUAUUAAUCCUCAGGAACUUAGCCCAGAUCCAACUAAUGAAUCGGCUACUUCUCUAGCUACUUGAACAUUUAACUUUUAUAUAAAACCACAUUAAAUAUGCCAUCUUUAAUUCUCUAAAUGUUACAGUCAUCGCUAGCUUUAUAAUAAAUGUAUACGAUAAAAAAUAUGACAAAUA